AUGGAAAAAUAUGAAGUCAUGAAGGACCUUGGAGCUGGGAAUUUUGGGGUGGCAAGGCUAAUGAGGCACAAGGAAACCAAAGAGUUGGUUGCUAUGAAAUAUAUCGAACGUGGACGUAAGAUUGAUGAAAAUGUGGCAAGGGAAAUUAUUAAUCAUAGAUCUCUUCGACACCCCAACAUAAUUAGAUUCAAAGAGGUGAUUUUGACACCAACCCAUCUGGGAAUUGUGAUGGAAUAUGCAGCUGGUGGAGAACUCUUUGAUCGAAUUUGCACAGCUGGUAGAUUUAGUGAAGAUGAGGCUAGGUAUUUCUUUCAACAGUUGAUCUCUGGAGUUUGUUAUUGUCACGCAAUGCAAAUAUGUCAUAGGGAUUUGAAGCUGGAAAAUACACUGCUAGACUCAAGUCCAGCACCACGCCUCAAAAUUUGUGAUUUUGGUUACUCCAAGUCAUCUGUGUUGCACUCAAGACCCAAGUCGACAGUUGGAACCCCAGCUUACAUAGCCCCCGAGGUUCUCUCUCGUCGAGAAUAUGAUGGCAAGUUGGCGGAUGUGUGGUCUUGCGGAGUGACCCUCUAUGUUAUGUUGGUUGGAGCAUACCCUUUUGAAGAUCCUGAUGAUCCCAAAAAUUUCAGGAAGACAAUUAGUAGAAUUGUGGCUGUGCAGUACAAAAUUCCGGACUAUGUUCACAUAUCUCAAGAUUGCAAGCACUUGCUUUCCAGCAUAUUCACUCCAAAUCCGUUAAGGAGAAUUACUAUAAAAGAAAUUAAGAGCCACCCAUGGUUCUUAAAGAACUUACCAAGGGAGCUUACCGAAUCAGCUCAAGCCACCUACUACCAGAAAGAUAAUCCAAGCUUUUCACUUCAAAGCAUUGACGAAAUCAUGAAAAUUGUUGGAGAAGCAAGAAAUCCACCUCCAUCAUCGAAGCCAGUUGAAGGAUUUGGCUGGGGAACAGAGGAGGAUGACAUAGUAGUAGGAGAGGAGGAGGAAGAAGAAGACGAGUAUGAAAAGCAGGUUAGAGAGGUCCAUGAAAGUGGCGAAUUCCACAUUAAUUGA